GGUCGGUUGGGGGAAAGAAGCAAUCGGCACAAUAAACUCCAAGUCCACCCUCCUCUCCGAAUAAACCUUUUUUUUUUUUCCUUACUUAGUUUAUUCCAUAUCAGCUGAGUAGGAAUGGCAGUAUUCUCCAUGGCAACAUGGACGUAAUCUCAGCGGUCGCAAGCUUCAUUGCGAUCGGGCAAGCACUUGCGGCUACGCCAAAGAUCAUCGAUAUAUUGACAUCUCUUUUCGGGGCCAGGCAUGAAAUGAUUCAGUUAACAAAUGAGCUGGUAUUACUGAAUGAGUUUGGUAUUCGCAUAAGAGAGAGGAUCCAAGAUUUACCACAUGAUCCGAGAUUUGAAAUACCACAAUGCAUCUCGCUAUCAAUGAUUGAGGCCAAUACGGCAUCGAUUAUAUCGCAACUUGAAGAGCUGUGCCGCAAAUGCCAACAAGAGGUGAAAGGAAAUGGCCCUAUUAAAUUCUCCAGGGUGAGGUGGCUCUGGUAUAGACCAAAGAUUACUUCACUGAGCAAAAGGGCAACAAUGAACCGUGGAUACUUACACGCGAUUCUCGAUAGCGCAUCUUUCUUUGCGUCGACGUCUAAUGGGAGGAUGCUCUUGGAUAUUCACACAAUAGUAACAACUCAAGUACAGCAAACAACCCUCACACAGCCUCCUUUACAGUUCAUCGGCCAGGAACAUUAUGACAACGAAAGUACAUCUCGCAUUAUUACCGACGAUGAUAGCUCCGAGGCCAUAGCUAGUAGUAUCAAUACUACCAUGACACAAGAAAUAUCAUCGCAACUGACUUUAUCAAAUGUGUCUAGAGAGGGCUCGCUGUAUAUGAACCAUAGCGAUGAAGAGACUCAAAACGAUGAGCCAAUAGUGCAAAUCAUGGCUGCGUUGCGAGGAGUCUGUACCAAAGAUUGCGCAUGCCAAUGCCACUCGUCUACUUCCCGAAUCCGACCUCACCCUGCCACCCCAGUCAUUUAUGGAUGGCUUAAGUCUGCUUAUAAUGGUGCCCCACGGCUCGGUGCGCAGAGUUGUGAUGUGCCUACCUGUCAACGGGCUCGUUCACCUCGUCACUUCAACUUUCGCGUUCCUCUCCUCUUCUGCUCUCGGACGCUCGAGGCAACUUUGUCCUUUAGCAGUAUUAUUGGCGCCGGCGCUUCCCUUCACCUACGCGUCCCACGUAUGCUUUCAAUUGAAGAUGAUAUUCAUUUCCAUAUUAAUCAUUCAAACAUGAAAGGGAUCCUUUGGGAGAUGUCUUAUAGUCGGUUAUCUCCUCUUGACCAAAUUAGGGACUGUAGUAUUUUACUUAGACUUCUUGAUUUAAGAGGUGUACUUGAAGCAAUACCAAUCCUCUUAGACGGCGCGAGGUCAAUUGUUAGGGGCACUGAUACCGGAAAACAAGCAGCAAUGGUAGCUAGACAUCGGAUGGAAUUCACCUAUCCGGACAACAGGGAACAGACCAUCUUACGAGAAGUCAUUGCACUUGACGACGAAAGUGCGUAUGAUUCCUGGCGAGUUCAUGAGGCAGUACGAACCGGCGGUGAUUUAAUCGAGGCUUUAAAGGAAUCACCGGAAGAUAUCGAUGCACUUGAUGACACUGGAAACACUCCUCUACAUCUGGCCGUGUUAAGACGUGAUAAUGCGGCGAUGCAAAUUUUGAUAUCCCAUGGUGCAAACAUGAAUUCUGUUGAUAUAUUCCACCAUACGCCGUUAUGGUCAGCAAUAUUUCCCUCGAGAUAUGAUCAAGCUCGGAUUUUGAUUGACAGCGGGUGUGAUAUAAAUUUUGGUGAUCGUCCUGAUCAAUCGGCUCUCCUUUAUGCGAUAAGAUCCGGAUCAAAAGGAACAGGAAAGAUCACCAGUCUGCUCCUACAUCACGGUGCUAGCACUUUUAAUUGUGGGAGAAAUGCACUACACAGGCUUGCGGCAAGUAAUAAGGCGGCAGAUAUGGAGGAGAAGUUCAAUUUGCUUAUCGGUGCUGGGGUAAACGUUGAAGAGAAGAAUGCGGUUGGUCGUACGGUUCUGAUGCAGGCGCUCCACUCUAGAAACGGACAUAUGCUUCGCUUACUAGUUGGUGCUGGCUACAGGUUCGAUGAAUUCCCAAGUAACAAGAACGCCUUGAUAAAGGCUGCCUGGCGUGGUUAUACAGAAAGUAUUAACAUCCUAGAACAAACCGAGUUCACAGCAGACGUGCGCAUGCAGAACAAAUAUGGAUUGACACCAUUGGAGAUGUUUGAAUGGAGAAUGAGAGCCGAUCCGGUGAAAUGUGCAAUAUACCCUCUUCUAAAAGACGAUAUCGAAUCAUUUUGGAAGUUGCUCCAGGGUGUCAGGGACCGCUACCUAACCGCCGAGAUUCAGACUUUGGAAAAGGUCAUCACGCAUAUUGAGGCCGAAGAAACUGAACUUGCGCGCGAGACUCUCCAGUCUGUCAUACAAGAAAAGAUCAAUUGGAAUAUUCCAGCUGAGUACAGGACCUUCCGAGCCAUCGAUGUCCAGAUAAGAGAGGAGAUGGCAGAGGCUGCCAUUGAAUCCCUAGAGGAAUUUAUUGAGGUGUCUAAGGAGAGGAUCGGUUCGCACCCUCAAGACAAUGACUAUUUUUAUGAACCUAUUGAUGAAGAGGGACUAGUGAUCCAAGACAUGCAAUAGCUUGUAAGAAGCCUUGCGCUUGAGACACUAGACUUGAUGGGAUAUGCUCAUCGCUGAAAGACAUUGGAAAACGGAGGAAGAGGUAUCAUAUACAGACUGGUUCGAUCCUUAUUCACGAAUGAUGAUGACUUUUCUAUAUUUUCUUACCCUCUCUCCAAUUUAUAUACUAUAUACUUACCUACCUACCUAUAUAUUCUAUUCAACUAACACGCAUCAUGCUUUGCCUACUUUGACGGUUAUCAAGUAAAUCAAAUCUUGUGUAUGUAAACUACGGAUACUGGCCUUGGGUAGAUACAGUCACAUCUCGGUUUUAUGCGUCAGUCCCCUAUUCCCCCACCAAACUUCACCUAUUUUAUACUACCAUAAAGUCGAUUGAAUAAAGGCUAAUUAAAGAAAUAUAAUAUAGGUAUAUAGGUAUAUUUAAAUUAAAUCUAUUGCCAGUUGUUACUUUUUUAGUUAUAAUUCUUUUCAUUUUUCUUGCUUUGUAGUAGCUGUGUAAACCGAGUAGGCUUUGGUG